AUGGCGACAAAACCAGGACAGACUAAGCUAACCUGGAGUGAUAUACGUAGUUGGGAGCAGGUGUUUGAUAUAAAGGACCUGGGAACCCUCGUUGGUAUUGUAAGGGAGCUGAGACUAGACACCAAAGGGCUGAAAACCCUGGAUGAUUUCCAUAAACUUAUUCUUGACCAUUGGAAACGCAGUCGCGGGGACUUUGUACUAAAAGGGGAUGAGCUGUUCCCGACAGAUCCCCUGAAAUGUACGAACACCGUGUGCGAAAUACGCGUCAGCGAUAAUGGAGUGAAGGAGGCCAUCGCGUUCUACAAGCCUGAAUCCACGGACGAUGGACAAAAAGGUGUGGUCAUUGUAGACACCCCUGGGAUUGAGGGUGGCCAGAAUGUUGACCAAAGUUUGACCAGGUACCUGAGCAAGGCCUUUGGGUUCAUCUUUAUAAUCAACACAACUACAGCAGGGGGAGUACAACCAUCCAGGACUGUGGUGAACAAUGCGAAAGAUUUCGAUCCCAAGGCCUCUCUUUUUAUCGGUAACAAGUGGGAGUUUGUACCAAAUGCGGACAAAGAAGACGUAAAAGCGGACAUUUUCGCAAAACUCCAGAAACUCUACCCUGGCAUUCAACCGAGUCAGAUCCACUACAUGUCUGUUACUAAGAUACCUGAUCUAGUCCUGACGGGUAGUUCAGUGGUUCUACCCAGGUGGCUCUCCUCAUUUUUGCAAAGAUGUGAAUACCUGUUGAGAGUGUUCUGCAAUAACUCGGCCCAAGAUCACGGACAACUUGAGCAGCAGAGGAGCAGCUUGAAAGAAAGAGUUCAGCUUUUGAGGAAAAAUUCUGAUGAGUGCACUAAAAAAUUGCGAGAGAAAGUGGAAUAUGAUAUUUAUAAAAUCACAGAGAAAGUAAAGGCUUAUAUGAAAUCAAAAGCAUUUCUUGACAGUAUAUGUUACUGGAAAGAUCCUAAUGAAUGCCCGAAGGUACACCGGAAGUGGAAGACGUCGGCAUAUGAGGCGAGCGUGAAAAUCUCGUCGAGAACAACCGAGGUCCUCGAUUACUGGGAGAAAACCAACAAUGUCCUGAAAGCGAUCGAAAACGAGAUCAUCGAAGUGUUCUCGAAGGAACUCGGGUUAAUGGAGGAUCAACUGCAGAUUUUAGAAGGUAUCUAUGGUUACGUGUAA